AAACUGCUGCCUGCUUGUGCAGCAGCUGAGGAACCGUGGAUUUCAUAUUCUAGACUAAAACCUCAGUAAAACUGCUCAAAAUCUUUCCUGCAGCUGCCAGGCAACGACGACAGAAGAGAGGUAAAUCCUAUUCUUUUUCAAUACAAUCGAAGCACUACAUUCUAGCUCUGGCUGCUUUACACUGCAGCUCAGGGUUAUUACUAGAAAUAUGGAUACUGAGAAGAGAACACAGCACUGCAUUGUCCAGCCAGGAAAACAGCAGAUGUAAAAAGCUUCAAUGCAUCAACUGUCGGGAAGAGUCAACAGUGCUCCAAAUAGAACGGACAACUACGGCUCUUUUGUUUAAUGAAACAGAGAGAAAAUGAAAGAAAGGGAAAAUUUCAGAAGACUAGGACCCAUAUGAACAAGGAGGGUAACUCAAAGACAAGCAGACAGAUGGACACUUUGGAUACUGUGAAAAGCAAUCGCAGGAGGCAGACUGUUGGGGGAUGUGCGCAUGUUCGAUAGCAUCUUUUUUGCUGAAGUGAUGGCGUGCCAAAAGUAUUUUCAGUGGGCAUAAUCCUCUCCACAUAAAUGGCUUGACCAAGAAAGAAUGACUGCAAAGGAUACAACGUGACCAAAUUAGAAAAUGAUUGCCAAAGAACAGUACUGACUGGAAAGAAGAUAACAUUUUCUGUCACCAAUAUCUCAUAUACCACUACUGGGCAUUUACAACAUGCUUCAGUGCAGGAGAAGACACUGCUGCUUUGCAAAGAUGACCUGGAAUGCCAAGAGGUCUCUGUUUCGCACUCAUCUUAUUGGAGUACUUUCUCUAGUGUUUCUUUUUGCUAUGUUUUUGUUUUUUAACCAUCAUGACUGGCUGCCAGGCAGAAAUGGAUUCAAAGAAAACCCUGUGUCAUACACUUUCCGAGGAUUUCGUUCUACAAAAAGUGAGACAAACCACAGCUCCCUUCGAAACAUUUGGAAAGAAACAGUCCCUCAAACUCUGAAGCCUCAAACUGCAACUAACUCUAAUAAUACAGACCUGUCACCACAAGGAGUUACAGGCCUGGAGAAUACACUUAGUGCCAAUGGAAGUAUUUACAAUGAAAAAGGAAUUGGAUACCCAAAUUCUUACCAUUUCAAAUAUAUUAUCAAUGAGCCUGAAAAAUGCCAGGAGAAAAGCCCUUUUUUGAUACUGCUAAUAGCUGCGGAGCCUGGACAAAUAGAAGCUAGAAGAGCUAUUCGGCAAACUUGGGGCAAUGAAAGUCUAGCACCUGGUAUCCAAAUCACACGAAUUUUCUUGUUGGGCUUAAGUAUUAAGCUAAAUGGGUACCUUCAACGUGCAAUACUGGAAGAAAGCAGACAAUAUCAUGAUAUAAUUCAACAAGAAUACUUAGAUACAUAUUAUAAUUUGACCAUUAAAACACUAAUGGGUAUGAAUUGGGUUGCAACAUACUGUCCACAUAUUCCAUAUGUUAUGAAAACUGACAGUGACAUGUUUGUCAAUACUGAAUAUUUAAUACAUAAGUUACUGAAGCCAGAUCUGCCUCCUAGACAUAACUAUUUUACUGGUUACCUAAUGCGAGGUUAUGCACCUAACCGAAACAAAGAUAGCAAGUGGUACAUGCCACCAGACCUCUACCCAAGUGAACGAUACCCUGUCUUCUGUUCUGGAACUGGCUAUGUUUUUUCUGGAGAUCUGGCAGAAAAGAUUUUUAAAGUUUCCUUAGGUAUCCGCCGUUUGCACUUGGAAGAUGUGUAUGUAGGGAUCUGUCUCGCCAAGUUGAGAAUUGAUCCUGUGCCCCCUCCCAAUGAGUUUGUGUUCAAUCACUGGCGAGUUUCUUACUCAAGCUGUAAAUACAGCCACCUAAUUACCUCUCAUCAGUUCCAGCCUAGUGAACUGAUAAAAUACUGGAAUCAUUUACAACAAAAUAAGCACAACGCUUGUGCCAAUGCAGCAAAAGAAAAGGCAGGCAGGUAUCGCCACCGUAAACUACAUUAGAAAAGACAACUUUUUUUCAAAUGUGCACUCUGUAAAUAUUGCUGAAAGCAUGUAUAGGUAAAAGUGACUACAUCAUAGGACAAGUUUUAGUUAAAACUCAUCACAUAAAAUAAUUCAAAAAGUAUUUUUUUAUUUCUGGAAAAGGUAAUUCUUAAAACUACAACAUUAUAUAACAAAAAGUAUCCCAAAAGAAUCUAUGAAAAACUAUAUAAGGGGAUUCUGUAUAUUAACAUGCAAUAACAAGCAUGCAUAAAUCAGUGGUUCAAGUCUUAUGUUAGGGGCCAAUAAAAUGUAUUUGCAUAUAUUUUCCAGAUAAAUUUUAAUUUUAAAAAAUGAAGAGAGUCAAAAAGACCCUUCAUUUUAGAUUUAGCUUUUGGUUUUAAUACACAAUUAAAUGUAAAUAAAAUAUUGCUAUCAAUUUUAAGAAAAUUUUGUAAUUGAGCAAAGGACAAAUUUUCUGACCGGACUACUCUAGGGUUCUAAAAACAAUAUUCCAUGCAAUAAGAUUUAGUUGAGUUAUUCCACAAAGACAUUCACAAAGUUCAGAUCUUUCAUCAAUGCAGUUCUCAUCAAAGUAUUUACUUUUUAAAAGUAACUGAGAUAUUCAUUUCAACUUCUUUAUGAAUACUUACAUAUAUUGGGGAAAAUUAUUUUGACAUGGAUGUGAUAAAAUGUAAAAAAUUAAUGUGUCUCAGGCUCAAAUUUUUAUAAAAAAUGUUAUUAAAUGUUUCAAAAUAGACAAAUUGUUUCCUCCAUGGUAUUAAAAGCCAAGCAAGUUUUUCAAUGAGUUAUUCAAUUAGAUCAAUUAUUACACUCUAAAGUGUAUCAUCAUUUAACUUCAAGUAGAUCUACAAAAUAACUGAAGCAAAAGCAAUCACUUAAAUGCACCAAUAGGUUGUACUGUUGAAAAGAAAAAAAGCGUACAGGUGCAGUUCCAUUCAAUACAUUUUAAAGAUGCAUGUCUACCAAACUGCAACAUACGGGAAGUUUAUUUCCUGACAGCAGUACACAUGCCAAUACUUAAUCAUUUUAUGGCACCUAUUUCUCUAGCUGAGUACCAAGUUUACAAACCUGCAGUUUUUAAUUUGGUAGAUGACAAAUAUUCUGCAUCACCAAUUAAAACCCUUUCUGGGAAGGAUGGGGGAAAACUACAAAUGUUUGAUGAACACCUGAUUCUAGGAUGAACAAUGUAUACAAUGCACUUUUACUGAGUUUUUAAUAAAAAAAGAUACACAAAAAAUACUUUA